AUGAAGGGCCCGGCCGGCGCGUCGCCGUCGGAGGUGAUCCGCGAGGGCGAGCUGGAGAAGCGCAGCGACAGCCUCUUCCAGCUGUGGAAGAAGAAGGCGGUGGUGCUGAGCAAGGACAGCCUGAGCCUCUUCUCGCCCGAGGCCGGCAGGGCCCGAGGCGGCGGCGGCGGCGGGAAGGAGCUGCGCUUCGGCUCCAUCCAGAAGGUGGACUGCGUGGAGCGGACGGGCAAGUACGUGUACUUCACCAUCGUCACGACGGACCGCAAGGAGAUCGACUUUCGGUGCCCGGGCGAGAGCUGCUGGAACGCCUCCAUCACCAUGGCGCUCAUCGACUUCCAGAACAAGCGCGCCAUCGAGGACUUCAAGAGCCGCCAGGAGGCCGCCGAGCACGCGGCCGCCGCCACCCGGGACAGGCGCCUCGCGCGCGCCCCCUGAGCCCGACGCGCGCGCCCCCGAGCGAGAGACCAAAGGUGAAGGAGGGAGCAGGAGAUGCGCGGCGGGAUGGAGGGGAGGCUGGGGGCUCGCCAAUCGUGAGCCGGUGGCUUCUUCGUUUUGUGCACUAAAGUGGGCUGGAGGUUAGUCCCGAUCGAGGAGCCUUUUGCAUAUAUAGGCUGCAGUUGGAAUAAGGUUAGUAGCAAAGGCGGAGGUGGGCGAGAUUUGAAGGGACAAGGAAAUGGAUCGAAGUCGACUCCGCAAACUCCACCGGAGGUGCGGGGUUCGGAAAAACUUCGAGCUUCCUGGGCUGCGGAGACAAAGAACCAGCAGCCGCCAAGUGGGAACAGGCCUUAGGGCGCCCCGUUGCUGAACUGCCUCUUCUCUUCUUCCUCCCAAGCCCCUCUUGCCGCUUGUUGGCGGACCAGCGUCAGCCAAAGUGCCCAGUGCACUUGGGAGGAGGAGAAGUGCAGUCACUCCGGGGUAGAGCAUCUGCUUUGUUCACUCCCUGGCAUCUCCAGAUAGGAGUGGGAGAAAAACCCCUCUGGAAACCGAGGGGGCUGCUGACAACCCUGAGAUGGGUGAUUCUGUAUAAGGCAGCUUCCUUUUAGAGCCAUUGCUAUCGGAAUGCACAAAAUGUGUUUGUGCAACAUGCAGGCAAAGCUGAAGUUUGCGCUAACUCAGCUGGAGCGAGAUGAGGGUGAUGCUACCUGCAAGCAGCCACCCCUGGGACUUUUAAGGGCAGAACAAUUACAGAACAUGUGGUGGUCCAUGAUUGCAAAACUGCAGCCAUGUAUGCUGCAAACCAAAAGAGGAGGCUAGAGGUGGGGGAGGACUGGCUUUGCAGGGAGAGCGAUUUUUGGCAGGAAAAAAGUAAGCAAGAAGUCUUGAAUGUGUGUUUCGGGCCAAAGUCCAUGUUCUCCAGAGAAACUAGACCAUGAUUCUUGGAAAGUGGCAAAGGGUCUUUCCUGCACAGAAUUCUAUGCGCCCUGUUGGUGCCACAUAGGGCUGGCCCACAUAGACUAUGUAGUGUGUGCUUCUCUUCUGACUGACCAGAAAUCUUUCAUGUAAAAAUGUAAUUAAACUAUAAUGGAGGUGUAUUCAGUUGCUCUUGAAGCUGCAAAACAUGUUGGGCUUCAGCAAGGAUACUUCAAAGUAUGAAGGUUGAUGGCCUUGUAAGCUCUUAGUGCUUAUUAUGCCAGAGCAAGUUUUUUGCAGACCUGAUCACAAUUCCUACAAACUGAACUGUUAGUGACUUAGGAGAUAUGUUUAGGAUUGCAUUGCUGAGAUGCUCUGUCCCCAAACUGUGGUCCAUGAGCUUCAUUCAGGUGGUCCACAGGGUGCGUGGCAGAAGGCAGGAGCCGGCACACUGAUCACUUUAAAUAUACUGAUUUUUAAAUGUACUUUUGAUGCUUCUUUUAUUUCUUAUAUUCAACAUUGUAUAUGUAAUACAGUAUAAUAUAAGAAAUAAAAGAAGCAAUAAAAAUGCAUUUAAAUCAUACAGCAUCUAGCACACAGCACCUUAUAAUUCCUACGACAGGCAGAAAAAUCAUUAAGUGGUCUGCCAACACCCUCAACAGGUUUCAUGUGGUCUGUGGCAGUAAAUAUUUCAGAGCCACUGCCUAGUGCUCUAAUGUCAACUCGGGGAUUUAUUGUGAAUGUGCCUUUGGACAACUUUGAAUGCUGCCUGCUAUGCCAUUUGAAAAGAGGGGAUUUUUUUUUUCCAGUGUACUGCUCCUAUUUCCAUUGACUCUAGUUUCUGCAAAUUGGAGGACUCUGCCUAAAGCAUUCACUAGCAACUGUUUUCCUCUCACCCUAAUCCCACUAAUUAUAUGGAAGAAAGACUCGUCUGCAACCUACACUGAAACUUAAGAAAUGCAGCAUUAGCUGCUGCUUCAUUUUGUAUUCAGGCAUUUACCAGAGGAGUAGUCAUUUUAGUCUGCAGCAGCAAAAAUAGCCUUAUGACGCUUUAAAAAUUUAUUAAAAAUUAAUAGGUUUAUCAUGGCAAAAGCAUUUGCAAAUUUUGGUCCAUAAAAACCUUUGCUGUAAAUCAACUUGUUAAUUCUUCAGGCAAGGAUGAUUAGAUACUUUGAGACCAAGGACCACACUGACUCCCAAAGUGUUGCCCAUGAGUCAAAAUGGCUGCAGCCAAAAAUCACAUCAGGAUCCAUGGGAAUUGUCAGUCAAAAACAUUUGUUUAUUAUAAAAAUGAGGGUGGGGGGGAGUUUUAGGGACUUUUUGUCAUCAUGGUAUUACAACAGAGGACCUAUAGAAAGAAUCAUUUAAAAAACAAACAAACCAGCAAUAUAAUUUCAAAAAAUAUAUAGUGUGUUUAUGGAGACCACAGAUGACCUCUUACAUAGCCUGUAAGUUGGCCACCCCUGCUUUUAGAUGCCACAAGGCUCUUAUUAUUUUUAUUUGGGCAAAUCUUUUAAAAACCAGUUUGAGAUUUCUACUUGGUCUUUGUCAUUUUGCUGACUUCCUCUUGCCUUUCUCUCCCUCCCCAUCUAUAGAACAUUAUUCUGGAUGGCAACAGGACCAAGUGUCUUUGACUGUGAUUCAAGUGCACCGGAGCCAGGUACCAAUGAAGGAAAGCAAAGAAGGAUGCCAGCGACUGCUAGAUCUCUUUGGAUCUGAUGAGACUGCUGAGCAGGAGAGCCAGAUCUUUGCUGAAAGGCUUUUGCAAACCAAAGAAACUUUUGACAAACACAAAGUCUGGCCAACUGAAGAGGAGGCCCACUUUGCAAACUGCUAUUUUGUUUUAUAUUUAUAA